AUGUCUGCAGGUGCAUUAUUUAGAAAAGCAGUAGCCAACGCCAAACCAUUGCAAAUCGUUGGUGCAGUCAAUGCUUACUCUGCCAUCUUGGCCGAUAAAAGUGGAUAUCAAGCUAUCUAUCUUUCGGGUGGUGCAUGUGCUGCCGCCAGCUACGGACUUCCAGAUCUUGGUAUCACUACAAUCAACGAUGUCGUCGAAGAUAUCCGUAGAAUAACAAGAGUUACAAAAGUUCCUUUAUUGGUUGAUGCAGAUACUGGAUUUGGAAGUUCUUUCAAUAUCGCCAGAACCAUUGAGGAGUUUGAGCGUGCCGGUGCUGCCGGUUGCCAUAUCGAGGAUCAGGUCGGUGCCAAACGUUGUGGUCAUCGUCCAGGCAAGAAGAUCGUCAGUACCGAUGAGAUGGUCGAUCGUAUCAAGUCGGCAGUUGCCGCCAGAAAGGAUCCAAACUUUGUCAUCAUGGCGAGAACCGACGCUCUCGCCAAUGAGGGUAUCGAAAAGGCAAUCGAGCGUUCCAAGGCCUAUAUUGCAGCGGGUGCCGACAUGCUAUUCCCAGAGGCACUAACAGAGUUGGAGCAAUACAAACAAUUUAGAGCUGCAUUACCAAAUGUUCCAAUCUUGGCAAAUAUUACAGAGUUUGGUAAAACACCAUAUUUUACGACUGAAGAACUUUCGAAUGCCGGUGCAUCAAUGGUUCUCUAUCCAUUGUCAGCAUUCAGAGCACAGGCAGCAGCCACUCUCCAAGUGUACGAUGCCAUCAAGAAGGAUGGAACUCAACAAAAUGUAGUGAAACUCAUGCAAACCCGUGAGGAUCUCUACAAAUACUUGGAUUAUCACAAGUUUGAAAAUCAAUUGGAUGUUUUAUUUGGUGAAGGUAAAGAACAAUAA